CGAGAACAACCGCAGAGGCAAAUCUUAAAACUUGCCAAUAAAACUAGCAGAGGGGGGAAUGGCAGAACCAGCCCAAGUCCCACUGUCACGUCUCGUCGUACCCAUCCUCCUCAUAGUUGGCUGGAUCAUGGGCUGUGCGCUAGUGGUUUACAUUGUCUUCUCUUGAUGGAAGACAGAAGAAUUCACGGUUAUGUUGAUUAGAAGAACCUGGAAGUUAAAUUGAAAUUUCUAAUGAAUACAAUAUGUAUAAAAUGAGUUCAUUUUAAUAUCAACACUGUAAACAUGGU